CUAGAGGUGUGUGGUGGGGCUGGGGGCUGGACAUGGCCCCCUGUCCCCGGCCUUACUCCUGCCCAGCUGGCAGCCCCCUUGGCCUGAUAUGUUUGUCCCUUUUACUCAUCCCUGCUGCAGCUGGAACCUACUGCGAAUGCAGCCUCGGCCUCAGCCGCGAGGCUCUCAUUGCCCUCAUCGUGGUGCUGGCUGGUGUCAGCGCCAGCUGUUUCUGUGCUCUUGUCGUUGUGGCGAUCGGCAUCUUUCGGUCCAAGGGUGAUUCGUGCUCCGGACUCGUGGAAGACAGGUUGAUGGGACCCUUUGGGGUCCAGGAAGAUCACUUAGACCUGCACUCGGUGCGCGUGGAGUCCCACCUCUUGGACCCUGACCUGGAGGUAUCCAUGCCGUCCUUGGAGAACACUGACCUCAUGACCAUCCCCAUGGAGGUUCCUCUAGAGGAGCCGCCUUCACCACCACCUCCACCGCCUCCACCGCCAGAGUAGUGGAGGGCAGCUAGGCUGGGGAAUUAAACAGUAUUUAGUGAU